CCCCUACUAAAACAGUCUGCGUCCGCCACUGAUCAAGGGUAUUUAUUGUUUAAGAUGAUGAAAUCAAGUUUUUCUUUUUGAUAUAUACUAGAGAUUUAAGGAUUUUUAUUUUUAUAAAGUUUAAACCAUUUCAUAGUCGCAUCAAGGAUUGUUGCUGCAUAUGAUAUAGAUAUGUAUUUAUGAUGAAAGGGAGUCCAGGGGAGGUUGGUUUUAAGUAUUAAAUGCAAUUUGCAAACGACGUCGUGAUGACGAUAAGGUGACGUAGUUCAAAGAUAAUAAUAAGACGCAGCAGAUAUGAAAAAGUUAAUAAACUGCGGUCAACGGUAUUCCUUAGACCUUCUCUCCUCCCUUCCGCUGUGGCCUGCGGCAUGUAUAUAAAUACAUAUAUCUAUCAAACCCAAACCCAAACACAAACACCCAAAUAUACAUAAGAAAUAAGAUUUGAGAAUUGAGAAUUAAGAUAAAGUAAUAAUGUCGAGUGAUCCCCGCAGCGUGGUAAGAAAGUUUCUUGCGAGGCCUCAAUAUGAAGGAGCUGGAGCUGUUGUCAGAAGGAGCAUCGGGAGGUUCGAGCUUAAAUACUUCGAUCCUUUCCUUGUUUUGGAUGAAUUCUCAGUAUCUGCUCCUGCUGGAUUUCCUGAUCAUCCACAUCGAGGUUUUGAGACUGUCACAUACAUGUUACAGGGAGCUGUAACACAUGAAGACUUUGAGGGACACAAAGGGACCAUCGGAGUUGGUGACUUACAAUGGAUGACUGCUGGAAGAGGGAUUGUGCAUUCCGAAAUGCCUGCUUCUCAUGGCACUCAAAAAGGCUUGCAAUUAUGGAUCAACCUUUCUUCUAGAAACAAAAUGAUUGAGCCAAGGUACCAAGAGAUGGCGAGUAGGAAUAUUGCAGAAGCUACUGAAGAUGGAGUUACAGUAAGAAUAAUAGCAGGGGAGAGCUUGGGGAUGAAGUCGCCAAUAUAUACAAGAACACCCACAAUGUUUCUUGAUAUUACAAUGGAACCAGGAACCCAACUUCAACAGCCUAUACCCGAAUCAUGGAAUGCGUUUGUAUACGUAUUAGAGGGAGAAGGUGUGAUUGGAACCUCAAAAUCAUCAUCCACGACACCACACCAUAUUCUACUUCUGGGUCCUGGCGAUGGCGUUCAGGUUUGGAACAAGUCAUCAUCCAAAAGGCUACGCUUCAUUUUGGUUGGAGGAGAACCACUGGGAGAACCUGUUGUUCAGUGGGGUCCUUUUGUCAUGAACACACAAGAACAAAUUGACCAGACGAUUCACGAUUGUGAGAAUUUUGAAAACGGAUUUGAGAAAGCCAGGUAUUGGAGGUCGUCUGAUCAACCCACUCAUCAUCAAGACCACACCUUUUAGAAUUUUCUGUUCAUCUCGAUUAUAUAUGUUUUUUCUUUUGUCGUUUCAUAUUUUCAUAAGGUUUUAGCCUUUUAGGUGCAGGCAUGUUAAUUGGGCUUAAUUAAUUAAUAAAAAUAAGACAAUGAUAAUCAUCUAUGAUGAUAUAGUGCUUGGUAA